UGCUGGUCUCGUUUCCUGUGUCGUCCGGUGCGCCCUUUUUUAACGACCUGACGCCCUCGGAACCUUCCCCAUCUUUUCUUGAGCUGCCGCAUAGGACUUCUCUGAAGGUUCUUCCUCUCAAGGAGGAAGGGUCUAGGAGGCUUGGUCCAGUCAACUUCGGUUGCGAAUCUUUUCGCCCUCCUUAACACGCAGUCGCGUUACUCGAUUCUUCUUUUUCUCUACUUCUUCUUCUAAAGUCCUAUCCCGUGCUCCGUCGCAGCGCGCAUGGUUAUGGCACCGACUGCUUGUGUACCUGCUGAAGUAUGCACUCCGAAAUUCUAUUCGGAGAAACACGACUAUAAUCUCAAUUGGGAUCAUGGUCAAUUCAGCAAUAAUGGAGGGGACGAUAUUUCGCAAUCCAGGUUGGCUGCCAAGGAAUUGGUCUUGGACAUCUUGAAGAAGCGUGCAGCGGAGGUGAAUGUGGACUGCUGCGCGCCUGGGGCAGAGGAUCCGUUUUAUGUGGCGGAUAUGGGCGAGAUUUACCGCCAGCAUCUGCGCUGGAAAAUGAACUUGAGCCGAGUUCGACCUUUCUACGCGGUCAAGUGCAACCCGGAUCCGGAGAUCCUGCGCCUCAUGGCCAAACUCGGAAAUGGCUUCGACUGUGCGUCCAAGGCGGAGAUCGACCUGGCUCUCGAGACAGGCAUCGACCCGAGCCGCAUCAUCUACGCGCAGCCCUGCAAGACCAAGUCCUAUCUGCGCUACGCCGCCCAGGUGGGCGUCAAGCAGAUGACCUUUGACAACGCCGACGAGCUGUACAAGAUCAAGGCCAACUACCCGGAGGCUGAGCUCUACCUGCGCAUCCUCACGGAUGAUUCGAACAGCAUGUGCCAAUUCAGUAUGAAGUUCGGCGCUUCUAUGGACGUGGCUCGUCAACUCCUUGAACUGGCGUACCAGCUCGAGUUGAAGGUCGUCGGCGUGAGUUUCCAUGUUGGUUCCGGCGCCGAGGAUCCUAAGGCUUUCUUGAAAGCCGUGCAGGACGCACGCCUGGUGUUCGAUCAAGCGGCGGAGAUUGGCCACGAGCUCCACACUUUGGAUGUCGGAGGAGGAUUCUCUCAGGAUACGUUUGAGAAAUUCGCCUGCGUGCUCAGUGAGGCUUUGGAUACCUAUUUCCCGCCCAACAUCCGGGUCAUUGCGGAACCGGGCCGCUACUACGUUGCCAGCGCGUUCACUCUGGCAGCUAACGUCAUCGCUCGGCGUGACGUGCGGGACCCGGAGGACCCGACCAAUGACGCCUACAUGCUGUACCUCAACGACGGGGUGUAUGGAAACUUCUCCAACAUCAUCUUCGACCACCAGCAUCCCGUGGCCCAGGUCCUUACGUGCGCGUCGGCCGCCAACUCCCCUUAUGCUGCGACUUCGGGGGGUAUUACGUACUCCAUCUGGGGGCCGACCUGCGACGGCAUUGAUGUGAUCUCCAAGCGUAUCCAGCUGCCGGCUCUGCUGGCGGUUGGAGACUGGCUCUACUUUGAGGAGAUGGGAGCCUAUACCAAAUGUAGCGCGACCCGCUUCAACGGCUUCUCGGAUAACCAUGAGGUGAUUUACAUCUCUAGCGAAGCCGGGGCUUCCGCGCUCCUCGAGUACUAGAUUUAUUAUUUGUUGAUUUUGGUUGUUUUUGGUACUUAGAUAUCGCUUAUUGAUACUCAGGUCAUCUGACCUGGUUUGGUAAUAAAUGUUUGUGUCUUUGUCUUGAUAGAGUAGAUGUCGGGGCUGAAUGCAGC